AUGAUGCAACCAGCAGAGCAACUUCCGUGGGAAUUGGAGGAAAAGAUACAAUCUCUGCUUCCAAGAAAAAUCCAGGCUCGAUUCAGAUCAGUUUGCAAACGAUGGAACGGUGUUUUCGACGAAAGGAGGUUCUUCAACAAUGUUUUGGGUCCUGCCCGUGACGCGUUUGUAGUCGGUGCCGUUCAUGGGAAUACGACCCAAUUUCCAUACUAUCAAAACUUUAUAAUUGCUGAAGAUGACUACAUCGAAGCCGUGGAGGGGACCUACAAUGAGAGCCACAUCACCUCCAUCGCAUUCCGGACGCACAAGAGAAAGCAUACGCCACACUACGGACUCUUUGAGGGGAGAUUUUUCACGCUCGGAGGAGGAGGAGACUCCAAGAUCAUCGGCUUUUAUGGCAAAAACUCUCCUCUCCACCUCACUGCUCUCGGCGUCCACCUCUAG